CAACAACCAGUAGGUAAAGCGAACCUUACAUAAAAGGUGUCACUACGAAUUCAAACAAACUCUACUACAUUAUAUCACUCUUUGUUCACAUAUUUUGUAUACUUAUCAUACUCAAAUUCUCUCUUUUCAGUUUCCUGCUUACAUUAGAUCAUAUAGUGACAUUUUUUUGUAUAUUUUUCAAAAAAUAUAGCGAUCCAUAGAUCGUAAGGCAGACACUCAAGAACCUCGAAAUUUUAUAUUAAUUGGUGAUUAAUAUAGCGAUAUUUGUUACAAGAUCAACUGUUUAAAGUUGAAGAAAUGAGGAUUCUCAUUAUAGCAUUUAGUUUUGUGACAUUGGUAUUUUAUGCAGCUGCAUAUGAUCCCUUGGAUCCAAAUGGGAACAUAACAGUGAAAUGGGAUAUUAUGUCAUGGACUCCCGACGGUUAUGUGGCAACUGUAACAAUAAAUAAUUUUCAAAUGUACCGGCACGUAGGCGAUCCAGGGUGGCAAUUGGGCUGGACAUGGGCCAAAAAAGAAGUAAUAUGGUCCAUGGUAGGAGCCCAAACCACAGAACAAGGUGACUGUUCCAAGUUUAAGGGCAACAUACCACAUUGCUGUAAAAAGACCCCAACUGUUGUGGACCUUUUACCUGGGACGCCUUACAACCAACAAUUCUCCAACUGUUGUAAAGGUGGUGUCCUAAAUUCAUGGGGACAGGACAAAUCGGGCUCAGUGUCCCAAUUUCAGGUUAGUGUUGGACAGGCCGGUACCACCAACAAGACCGUCAAAUUGCCCAAGAAUUUCACCUUGUUGGGACCAGGCCCAGGUUACACUUGUGGGCCUGCUAAGAUUGUUCCUUCCACCAAUUUCCUAACCCAAGAUCGUCGUCGUAAAACUCAGGCCCUGAUGACAUGGAACGUGACAUGCACUUACUCACAGUUUAUAGCAAGGAAAUACCCUUCUUGCUGUGUCUCUUUGUCAACUUUCUACAAUGAUACUAUCACUCCUUGCCCUACCUGCUCCUGCGGAUGUGAACAUAAAAAAAAUUGUGUCAAGAGUGAUUCAAAAAUUCUGAGUAUGGCAGGAUUAAAAUCGAAGAGGUACAACUCCCCGCUGCUCCACUGCACCCAUCACAUGUGCCCGAUUCGGGUGCACUGGCAUGUUAAGGUUAACUACAAGGACUACUGGCGUGUUAAGGUUAGCAUCACAAACUUCAACUACCAUACCAACUUUAGCCAGUGGACUCUCGUUGCUCAACAUCCGAACCUGAACAACGUCACUGAAGUCUUCAGCUUCAACUACAAGCCUCUUGUUCCUUAUGGAUCAAUAAAUGAUACAGGGAUGUUUUACGGGACAAAAUUUUACAACGAUUUGCUGAUGGAAGCAGGGCCAUUCGGGAAUGUGCAGUCUGAAGUUCUGAUGCAGAAGGAUCAGAACACUUUCACCUUCAGGCAAGGAUGGGCAUUCCCUAGGAAGGUUUACUUCAAUGGAGAUGAAUGCAGGAUGCCUCCACCUGAUACUUUUCCUUUUCUGCCCAAUUCAAGCCUUAAACUGUCAGUCUCAGUUUUGGCGAUGAUCGGGUCGUUAUUUCUGGCAUUUGUCAAUUCUGGGGCAUUCUGUUUUUGAUUAUUGUACUGAAUGACAUAAAAUUAUCAGACAGGGAAAACAAUUCUAGACUGUAUCAAGUAAUGAAGGAAUUCAGGCAUAGAAACAUUCAUUAUUUGUUUUCAAGAAGAA